GCACGCGAAACCAGUCUGACCGAAAAAUCUGUAUGCAUGUUAUUCAGUCUACGACACCCAAAAUCGAUCCUCUUAUCUCUCUUUCUUUCUCACUUUUUCUCUAACAUUCUCACAGUUAUCCUCUUUCCGAAGCUAUCUUCAUCAUCAAAUCAAUUCUAGGGUUCCAAGUAUGUCUAUGGUUGAAACUCUACAACCAACGACAACAGCAACGCCCCAGAUUAUUACAAGAAACCAUACAAAAGAGUUUUCAAAAUUGACUACUACUCUUCGCAGCUCUCAAUCAAGGAUUUCUCCAUUAAGAUCAUCGAGCUUGUCUUCUGUUUAUAUUCUCGGUAGAAGGAAUUUUGAAGGUUUUGAAUGUUGGGGAGGGAAUUUCUUAAAGAAACAGAGGAUCGAGAGAAGAAUUCAAAUUCAAGCAAGUACUGAUUCAAAUCAGAAAGAAAGUAACGAAGAUAAAUCAAAAGAGAAGAAAUCGUCAACUCCUCCUCCUCCUUCUGCAGCGUCUCCGCCGCAGAGGGGAAAACAAGGAGCGGGAGGAGGAGGUAAAGGAUGGAAAAAGACUUGGAAAUGGGAAUGGCAACCUAUAAUACAAGUACAAGAAAUUGGGAUAUUGUUAUUACAAUUAGGGAUUGUUAUAUUUGUAAUGAGAUUAUUAAGACCUAGUAUUCCAUUGCCUGGUUCUGAACCUAGGGUUUCAACUACUUUUGUUAGUGUACCUUAUAGUGAUUUCUUAAAUAAGAUUAAUAAUAAUCAAGUACAUAAAGUUGAAGUUGAUGGUGUUCAUAUUAUGUUUAAAUUGAAAACUGCUGAACAAGCAGGAAAGGUUAUUGAUAUUGGUGAAGUGGAUGGGAUUAAUAAGUUGCAAGAGUCUGAGGCGGUUUUGAGAAGUGUUACGCCUACGAUGAAACGUAUUGUUUAUACAACUACGCGCCCAAAUGAUAUAAAGACACCCUAUGAGAAAAUGGUUGAUAAUGAAGUUGAAUUUGGUUCUCCUGAUAAACGGUCUGGCGGGUUUUUCAAUUCUGCAUUGAUUGCAAUUUUCUAUGUUGCAGUACUUGCAGGGCUACUGCAUCGGUUUCCCGUUAACUUUUCUCAGAAUACAGCUGGGCAGCUGAGGAGUCGUAAAAAUGGGGGUUCUGGUGGAGCAAAAGUGGCUGAACACAGUGAAUCAAUCACAUUUGCUGACGUUGCGGGAGUUGAUGAGGCUAAGGAGGAGUUGGAAGAGAUUGUGGAAUUUCUUAGGAAUCCAGACAGGUAUACAAAACUUGGUGCUCGACCUCCACGUGGAGUUCUUUUGGUUGGUCUUCCUGGGACAGGUAAGACUCUUCUUGCAAAAGCGGUAGCUGGAGAAGCAGAUGUCCCCUUUAUAAGCUGUUCUGCCAGUGAAUUUGUUGAAUUAUAUGUUGGCAUGGGAGCAUCCCGUGUGCGGGAUCUCUUUGCAAGGGCUAAAAAGGAAGCACCGUCUAUAAUAUUUAUUGAUGAGAUAGAUGCUGUGGCAAAAAGUCGUGAUGGUCGAUUCCGAAUUGUCAGCAAUGACGAGCGAGAACAGACCUUGAACCAGUUGCUUACUGAGAUGGAUGGGUUCGACAGCAACUCUGCAGUUAUUGUCCUUGCGGCAACCAAUCGAGCAGAUGUCUUAGACCCUGCACUUCGUCGUCCGGGGAGAUUUGAUCGUGUUGUAAUGGUGGAAACCCCUGAUAGACUUGGAAGAGAAGCCAUUUUGAAAGUUCACGCAGAAAAAAAGGAACUUCCUUUAGGAGAUGAUGUCGAUCUUAGUGACAUUGCUUCCAUGACAACUGGUUUCACUGGGGCAGACCUUGGGAAUUUGGUGAACGAAGCUGCUCUGUUAGCUGGACGACUGAACAAAGUGCUUGUAGAGAAGGUUGACUUUAUCCAGGCAGUAGAACGUUCAUUAGCUGGAAUAGAGAAAAAAAAUGCAAAGUUGCAAGGAAAUGAGAAGGCUGUAGUUGCACGUCAUGAAGCGGGUCAUGCGGUUGUUGGAACUGCUGUUGCAAAAGUUUUAACUGGGCAACCACGUGUGGAGAAAUUAAGCAUCCUACCGAGGUCAGGAGGGGCAUUGGGCUUUACUUACACUCCUCCGACCAGUGAAGAUAGAUAUCUCCUCUUUAUCGAUGAACUACGAGGCCGUUUGGUCACUCUUCUUGGAGGGCGUGCAGCAGAAGAAUUUGUUUAUUCUGGCCGCGUAUCAACAGGUGCACUUGACGACAUAAGAAGGGCAACAGAUAUGGCAUACAAAGCAGUGGCCGAAUAUGGUCUUAAUGAGACAAUAGGCCCAAUAUCAAUAACAACGCUGUCCGCUGGAGGGAUGGAUGAUUCUGGAGGGUCUCCUUGGGGAAGAGAUCAGGGGUGUCUGGUGGAUCUUGUUCAAGGAGAGGUGAAAGCACUACUUCAAUCUGCUCUUGAAGUAGCGCUCUCCGUUGUCCGUGCCAAUCCUACUGUGUUGGAGGGUCUAGGCGCUUACUUAGAAGAAAAGGAGAAAGUUGAAGGGGAAGACCUGCAUGAAUGGUUGAAAUUGGUAGUUGCUCCAGAAGAGCUGACAGUUUUCCUUGAAGGCAAGCAGUCGCAGCCACAGUCUCUACUCCCACAACAGGCGACUUCGGGAUAACUGAAACUGCGGUAUCUAUCUUUCUCUCUUUUACUCAAACAAUUUGUCGAAAUCCCUACGAUAUGAGUUUAAAUUAUGGGCUUGGGUCUCUUUCAUGCCAUCCUCAUCUCAUACAUUAGGUCCCCUUACUUUUCUUAGUUUAGCCUAUGGAAUUUCACUGUAAAAAAUGUAACCUUUUUUUCCUUCACCAUUUGGGUUAGCUUCAAAUUAGGUUUAUUUAGUUAUACUCCACAUGAAAGAGGUGAGAUGUUGUAUGCUAGUGCCAUUUAUUGAAGUACGUCUUUAUGAAAUUGUAAAUUUGUUACAUACAUUAUUAUUACAUUCUUAACUCAAUACAAAGUUUCUACUUCUUGAUGAAA